CCUCCCUUCUUGGGCGGGCAGAUAGCAGCUGACUUUAGCAGUCUCGAUCACGUGACCCCGCAGCUCCCCCGUUCUGCUCCCUGUCCCGGGCCUGGGCAGGCACUUCCAGGGGCUCCUUCUGUGAGGGGCAGCAGCUCGCUGCCGGACGGGGAGAGAUUAAUCAGUGACAGGUACCUGCCUCUCAGAGCAGCGACCGGCCGUGGCCAGCACAGCCUCUGCCAGCACAGCCUCUGCCAGCGCAGCCCCGGGAGUUCCCCGUCCGGGUCCCCGUCUGCCGCUCGCCCACCUGCCGCUGCCAUGGGGCGGCUUGGGGCGCUCCUCCUGCUGCUGGGGGCCCUGGGGGCUCUCGCUGACAUCUGCAUCAUACCCGAGGUGGACAGCAGCCUGGUGCAGAGUCUGGGCCAGCGCCUCUUGCCCUGGCUGGACCAGCUCUCUCUGGAGGACCUGAACCCCAGUAUCUACGUGGGCCUGCGCCUCUCCAGCCUGGAGGCCGGCUCCAAGGAGCCCUUCUACCUACACAGCCUCAAGGUUGAUUACCAGCAGAGCCUCCUGAGGCGUGCCCCCAGCGACGAGGGCGCUGACCCCCAGCCCAAGCCCUCCAUGGGCCAGCUGGCUCUCUACAUGCUGGCGCUCAAGGCCAACUGCGAGCUCAUCGGCGGCCACAAGGGGGACAGGCUGGUGUCCCAGCUGAAGCGGUUCCUGGAGGACGAGAAGCGGUCCAUCGGGCACGACCACAAGGGCCACCCCCCCGGCGGCUACUACCAGUACGGCCUGAGCAUCCUGGCCCUGUGCGUCCACCAGAAACGGGUCCAUGACAGCGUGGUCGGCAAGCUCCUCUACGCCGUGCAGCACGACCACCACCUCCAGGGGGGCCCCCUCUCUGUGGACAUACUGGCCAUGGCGGGCUUGGCCUUCACCUGCCUGGAGCGCUCCAACCUCAACUCGGAUCUGCGACACCGGAUCACCCUGGCCGCCAGGACGGCAAAGGAGAAGGUCCUGAGGGCCCAGACCCCUGAGGGCUACUUCGGCAAUGUCUACAGCACCCCUCUGGCGCUGCAGCUGCUGACGACCGCCCCGAUGCCCGGGAUGGAGCUGGGCAUGGCCUGCCUCCACGCGAGGGCCGCUCUGUUGGCCAGCCUGCAAGACGGCGCCUUCCAGAACCCCCUCGUGAUCUCCCAGCUGCUGCCUGUCCUGAACCACAAGAGCUAUGUGGACCUCGUCUCCCCGGACUGCCUGGCUCCCAGAGUCCUGCUGGAGCCGGCGACGACCACCCCCCCACCGAUGCAGCUCCCCGAGUUCAUCCACGUGAUGCUGAAGGCCCCCAGCGUGUGGCCGCCGUACAGACACGCCGUCUCGGUGCCCGCCGGGGCCUCCCUGGAGGAUGUGCUGUGGAAGGCCCAGGAGCUCGGAGGAUUCAUGUAUGGGACCCGGGCCAGCCUGUCAGGCCCCUACCUGACCUCCGUGAUGGGGAAAGAAGCAGGAGAGCGGGAGUUCUGGCAGCUCGUCCGGGCCCCCGACACCCCGCUGCAGCAAGGAAUUGCUGACUACAUACCCCAGGAUGGAGAGACCAUCGAGCUGAGGCUGGUCCGCUGGUAGCCCCAGCUCAGCUCACCUCCCCGGCUGCCCGGAACAGUCUCCGCACCUCGACCCUCCUCCGUCCAGACCUCCCUGGCACAGGCACGUGCCUGGCCCUGCCGCCCCCUCGUGGGCACUCGGAGCGAUGUUCCCGCAUCAGCAGCCACCACCCCUGCAAGGCUCCUCAGCCGCUGCCCGCCUGGGAGCAGGGAGCCAGGCUCCCUCCCCGGGAGGCCUGUCCGCUGGGUCUGGCCCGGCCUGGCCCUGUGGGCACGCCACGAAGGGCACUCCUGGUCUGAAGGGCGUGCGGCAUCUCAGACCCCUGAGCUCACAAAGUCCGCUGGCCGCUGGCAGUGUGAGGACCGCCCCUCCCCCCCGGUGCCACCCAGGGGCUGAGCCUCGAACCCAGCUCUCAGGUCCCUGUGAAGGAGGUGGCACAGCAGCCGGCGAGGACCCUGCAGGGCUGCUCAGAGCCCACCUCUGAAGCGAUUAAAGUGUUGAUUAUGCACAUG